AUGAUGCGCUCUUUUGUCUCCACCCUUUUAUUCGCUGUUUUUGUUGCACGGGUCCACGCACUUCCUACGGAGCUACACACCCUUGGUCGAAGGGACAAUGUAUGCGCUCUCAAUUUGAGAGGUGCGACUGCCAAAGACUGCCUGGUAGACAACAAGGGAACUUUCUUCACCUUGACACCACCUUCGACUAUCACUGCAACUGCUGUAACGUGCAAGCCUUUCAAUCAAAAUGUUUAUCAUCACAUCGUUGAACUCCAGCUCCUUGACGGCGCCUUGCAGAAGACGGGAGUCUGUACUAUGAUUACCGCCAUGAUUAAGGCGCAGUCAUCAGUGUCGAAGGCGGCUCUUCUUCAGCCUCUUUCUGAUGUCAUCAACGGUAACAAGAAUCUCAACUUCCUUGCAUCGACUGUCAACAAUCGGAAAAAGACGGUUGUUGGAAACUCGCUCAAGGGAAAGGGAAAGGCCGCAGGGAAUGACGAUUUAAAUGUGGCAGUUGGCAACUAUCUCCAACUGACUAAGGCCAGCUCGACUGAUAUCGCAAAGAGCCUGGAUGUCGCAGUCGCGAAAAUCAUCGAGCAGGCACAAACCAUUGCAAACGCUCUCCCCGCUGACUCCGGAACAGGCCGCAAAAAAGUCACGACAAAAUCUGAUCUCGAGAAGGCCAUUGCUACAGCGAAUAAGUCGAAGAAUCCGGUCUCCACAGCUUGGCAAGCGGUUCUCGACGAUGCACCUCACGCUUGA